UGUUGGUUUUUAACUAAGCUCUUCUUGUGCUUUAAGAUUUCAGCCUUUGAGGCAGGUUCAGCUGACAGCAGAUUGAAGUUGCAUGGUCUUACAUUGUUGUUAGAAUUGGAGACUUUCUUUUGCUAAAUACUUCAUUAUACAGAGUGUUAGUAAAUACAGUUUAAAAGUGGGCAAGAGGGACUACUACUUCACCAUAAGUUGCUGAACUGAUGCAAGAAUAUAAAAAUGGUAUUCUGGUUUGAUUUUUUUGUUUUUCUAAUUGAUGCUUUACUGUAUUUCUGCCAUAGAAAUGAAGACCUCAAACAAAUGUUGGAAAGCAGUAAAGAUUCUGCAAAGCUGGAUGCUAUGAAAAGGAUUGUUGGGAUGAUUGCAAAGGGAAAGAAUGCUUCUGAGCUGUUUCCUGCUGUUGUGAAGAAUGUUGCCAGUAAAAAUAUUGAGAUAAAAAAGCUUGUGUAUGUUUAUCUAAUGCGCUACGCGGAGGAGCAGCAAGAUCUAGCAUUGUUGUCCAUCAGUACUUUCCAGCGUGCUUUAAAAGAUCCUAAUCAGUUAAUCCGUGCAAGUGCUUUAAGAGUUUUAUCCAGUAUACGUGUCCCAAUUAUUGUUCCUAUUAUGAUGCUUGCUAUUAAGGAAGCCUCUUCUGAUUUAUCUCCUUAUGUGAGAAAGAAUGCAGCCCAUGCAAUCCAAAAACUGUACAGUCUUGACCCAGAGCAAAAGGAAAUGUUGAUUGAAGUGAUAGAAAAGCUUUUGAAGGAUAGAAGUACGCUGGUAGCCGGGAGUGUGGUGAUGGCAUUUGAAGAAGUGUGUCCAGAUAGAAUAGAUCUGAUUCACAAGAACUACCGAAAGCUCUGUAACUUGUUGGUUGAUGUGGAAGAGUGGGGUCAAGUUGUUAUAAUCCACAUGUUAACUCGGUAUGCACGUACUCAGUUUGUAAGUCCGUGGAAGGUUGAUGAAGUGGUUGAUGAAUAUAAUGAAAAUAAUUUCUAUGAAUCUGAUGAAGAGCAGAAAGAGAAGGAUCAGAAAAUGAAAACCACCUACGCUAUGGACCCAGAUCACAGGCUGCUGUUACGAAAUACAAAGCCCCUGCUUCAAAGCCGAAAUGCUGCUGUGGUAAUGGCAGUUGCACAGCUGUACUGGCAUUUGGCACCAAAAUCUGAAGCUGGUAUUGUUUCUAAGUCAUUGGUGCGUUUACUCCGUAGUAACAGGGAGGUGCAGUAUAUUGUCCUGCAAAAUAUUGCCACUAUGUCAAUUCAGAGAAAGGGCAUGUUUGAACCUUACCUGAAGAGUUUCUAUGUUAGAUCAACUGAUCCAACUAUGAUCAAAACACUCAAGCUUGAAAUCUUGACAAAUUUAGCAAAUGAAGCCAACAUAUCAACUCUGCUUCGAGAAUUUCAGACUUAUGUGAAAAGCCAGGAUAAGCAGUUUGCUGCAGCUACGAUCCAGGCUAUAGGCAGAUGUGCAACCAACAUCACCGAAGUGACUGACACGUGCCUUAAUGGCCUCGUCUGUUUGCUGUCCAACAGGGAUGAAAUCGUAGUUGCUGAAAGCGUUGUUGUCAUUAAGAAACUGCUGCAAACCCAGCCAGCACACCAUGGCGAAAUUAUUAAGCAUAUGGCCAAACUGUUGGAUAACAUUACAGUUCCAGUAGCCAGAGCCAGCAUUCUCUGGCUCAUUGGCGAGUACUGUGAACGGGUUCCAAAGAUCGCGCCUGAUGUUCUGAGAAAGACAGCCAAGAGCUUCACAAAUGAAGAUGACCUUGUAAAGCUGCAGAUCUUAAAUUUGGGUGCAAAACUCUAUUUAACAAAUUCAAAGCAGACAAAAUUGCUUACCCAGUAUGUAUUAAAUCUCGGCAAGUAUGAUCAAAGCUACGACAUCAGAGACCGUACAAGAUUUAUUAGGCAGCUUAUUGUUCCGAAUGAGAAGAGUGGAGCUUUAAGCAAAUAUGCCAAAAAAAUAUUUCUGGCACAGAAACCUGCCCCAUUGCUUGAGUCUCCUUUUAAAGAUCGGGAUCAUUUCCAGCUUGGCACCUUGUCUCACACACUGAACAGCCAAGCCACUGGGUACCUGGAGCUGUCUGACUGGCCAGAGGUGGCACCUGACCCCUCCGUCCGAAACGUCGAGAUGGCCGAGUUGGCAAAGGAAUGGACUGGAAUUCUAGGCAAGCCAAAGAAGGAGAAACCUACUGAAAAAUUCUACUCUGAAUCAGAAGAAGAGGAAGAUGAGUCUGCCAGUACCAGUUCAUCAGGGAGUGGGUCUGACAGUGAAAGUGAGAAGGAAGAUAAAGAGGAAGGCAGCACUGAUGAGAGUAGUGGGAGUUCAUCUCCCAGUGAAGAAUCAACUGACAGUGAAUCAGACAGCAAAGAAAGUGCUGCUAAGAAAACAUGUAGAGCUGUCAAUGAAAGUGAUUCAGAAGUUAUUAAAAAGAAAGCGGAGGGCAUUUCCAAAAAGAGAAGCACAUCCAGUUCCUCUGACACAGAGUACACUUCAUCAGAUGAAAGUUCUACAGGCUCCAAGUCAGAAUCCGACUCUAAAAGUGACUCUGAAUCUGGAAAAUCUAGAAAUGCUACCUCUAAUAAGAAAGAAGAAAAACCAGUACAAGAUAGAAAGAAUCCAAAAACCCAAGACAUGUUUCUCUUAGAUUUAGAUGAUUUUUGUCCUGUAACACCUGUGGCAGUUCCUAGAGCAGCUGUUUUGUCCCCGAGUUUAGCAGCAGAUCUAGAGGGAUUAAGUCUGUCAAGUUCAUCAGUCAUCGAUGUCACUACGCAAGCCUGUGUGCCAACAAAAACACAUGAACUGCUUCAUCGAAUGAGUGGGAAAGGAUUAGCUGCUCACUAUCAUUUCUCAAGACAGCCAGGCAUUUUUGGUGAUCGUAUGGUACCUGUGCAAGUGACAGUAACAAACACAACUGAUCAGAAGAUAGAGAAUAUUCACAUUGGGGAGAAGAAAUUACCUCCAGGCAUGAGGAUGCAUGAGUUUAAUCCAAUAGAGUGCCUUGAGCCUGGAGGAUCCCUUACUGCUACAAUGGGUAUUGACUUCUGUGAUUCUACCCAGACAGCCAGUUUCCAGUUAUGCACAAAGGAUGAUCAGUUCAAUGUUAACAUUCAGCCCCCUGUUGGAGAACUGCUCUUGCCUGUCACUAUGUCAGAGAAAGAUUUUAAGAAGGAGCAAGGAAUGCUGACAGGAAUGAAUGAGACAUCUGCUACAAUAGCUGUUGCUCCACAGAAUUCUGCUAGACUUAUAAUAACUGAGAGAGUAGUGAAAGCAGCAAACCUGGGUGUAGUCCCUUCUGGUCAAGAUAACAUACACAGGUUUGCAGCUAAGACUGUGCACAGUGGGUCACUGAUGCUAGUCACAGUGGAGCUGAAGGAGAGCUCUACAGCACAGCUCAUCAUAAACACUGAGAAAACUGUGAUUGGUUCUGUUCUGCUGCGGGAGCUGAAGCCUGUCCUGUCCCAGGGGUAACCUGCUUACAUCUGGACUUCAGAAUCUGGCACACAACAAAAGUGCCUGGCAUCCACUACUGCUGCCUUUCAUUUAUAAUAAUAGCCCUUCCAUCUGGCAGUGGGGAAAAAAUACACUCUUGACAUUCUUGUCUUCUGCUUUAGAAUGCUAGUGCGUAUCUAUCAUAUAUGCAAGUCCUUUCCUUUUUUUCUGCUUGCUAACCAAAGAACAUAUAUUUUACUGUCAGUUAUCUGCGCUUUUAAAUGUAUUUCCCAUUUGUUCUACCCUAGUUCUUCCCUCUCUUUUCCCUUCCCCCACUACAUUGCUUCCCCAUCAGUUUCCACUCCCCUCCCCCCCAAUAGUGGACAAAUACUAGGUAAUAAAGUUCAAGGGAAAUCACACUGCUUGAAAACUGAGUUCAAAUGGCAGGUGGGUUCCAGCCACAUACACAAAUGUGUGGUUCAGAGAGAAUUUUGGUGUAAGUGUGAAAACACAGUAAGUACAGAAAAAUGGUGUUUGCUUUCUGGAAAUGCUUGUGAACCUGAACUCGUCUAUUGAGAACAUUGUUCCUACCUACUGUCAUUUUCUCAAAUAUUUUGUUAAGAUGCUAAUAAAGUAGUGCC